AUGCGCGGAAUCAUUGCUGCUGCGGCCCUGCUCGCGGGCGCGCAGGCCGCCAUUGACCCUAUUGUCAUCAAGGGCUCCAAGUUCUUCCACAAGAACAGUGGUGAACAAUUUUUCAUGAAGGGUGUUGCAUACCAACAAGAAGUCAACUCCAACUCGACAGCAUCAUCCACAGAUGGCAUUGACAUCACCGACCCCCUUGCCGACAGUGCGGCUUGCAAGCGUGACAUUGAGCAGCUCAAGAAGCUCCAAACCAACACAAUUCGUGUGUACGCCAUCGACCCGACCAAGGACCACAAGGACUGCAUGUCGCAACUCGCAGACGCCGGCAUCUACGUCGUAUCCGACUUGUCCGAGCCUGGACUGUCCAUUAACCGUGAUGACCCUGGCUGGACUGUCGAGCUGUACAAACGUUACACUAGCGUCGUUGACGAGAUGAUGAAGUACGACAACACGCUCGGCUUCUUCGCUGGUAACGAGGUUAGCAACCAGCCCAACAACACCAUCGCCAGCGCCUUUGUCAAGGCGGCUGUCCGUGAUACCAAGGCCUACAUCAAGAGCAAGAACUACCGUGAGAUCGGUGUCGGAUACGCGACCAACGACGAUGCCGCGAUUCGCGAGAACAUGGCCAACUACUUCGACUGUGGUGACUCCUCUACCUCUAUUGACUUCUGGGGAUACAACAUCUACUCUUGGUGCGGUGACUCGUCCUUCACCAAGUCCGGAUUCGACGUUCAGACCAAGAACUUUGAAAAGUACAAUGUCCCCGUCUUCUUCGCCGAAUACGGUUGCAACACUCCUCGCCCUCGUAAGUUCACAGAGGUUGGCGCGCUCUACGGUAACCAAAUGACUGGUGUCUGGUCUGGUGGUAUCGUCUACAUGUACUUUGAGGAAGCGAACCAGUUCGGUCUCGCUACCGUUUCCAACGGCAAGGUCAAGACCAACGAGGACUUUGACAACCUGUCCAAGCAAAUCGCCAAGGCCACUCCCGUCGGUGUCAAGAUGGCAGACUACAACCCCACCAACACCGCGGCUGCCAGCUGCCCCUCGCCCACCCCUGGAAAGUGGGAAGCUGUUUCCGACCCUCUGCCCCCUGUCGCCAACUCCAACCUUUGCUCUUGCAUGAGGGAAACUCUUAGCUGCGAGAUCUCUGAAGACGUCAAGGAGUCCGAGUAUGGCGACAUUUUCGGAUUCAUCUGCGGCCUCAAGGAUGGCAAGUACUGCGCCGGUAUUAACAAGAACGCCACUACUGGCCCUUACGGUGUCUACGGCAUGUGCCCCAGCAGGGACCAGCUCUCAUUCGCUGCCAACGCAUAUGCUAAGGCUGUCCCCAACGGUUGCAACUUCAAGGGCAAAGCUACCACCAAGGCUGCUGCCGCCACUCCUACUGGUUCCAACUGCGCCUCGCUCCUCAAGGAUGCCGGUGUUGACGGCACCGGUAAAGUCGCUUCUGCUGCUGCCGGUCCUACUGGUGCCGGCGGCGCAUCUGCAUCUGGUUCUGCUGGCGCUGCUGCUGGCCUAUCCGCUCCUCACUUCACUGCCGGCGGUUUCGGCUUCGGCAUGUACAUUGUCGGCGCCGUUGCUUCGGGCAUGGCUAUGAUCUUUUUGUAGACGUCCAAUACGAGGUUGAUGUAGAUGUGGUUGUCGGGUUUGACAUUUAUCUGCUGCAUAGUUUGCGUGGGUUGCGCUUAUUCCCAUUUGUUGUUUGGCUACAUAACGGCCUUUGUCGCGAAGAGCACAUUAGUGUCUUUGAUUAGGUGACAAUUUAAUCUUCUGUGCUAUAUUGACUACUCGCAAGGAGAUUACUAGAUUGAAUGGGAUUCCAAUGUUUUGUCCAUGA